AUGCUGUCCUCGCUCGCCCCGUCCGCCGUCCUCGCCGCGCUCCCUUCGUCUGCGGCGGGAGCUUGGCGCCACAUCGUCGUCCAGCACGACGACCUCCCAGAGCCGCUCAGGUUCCUCCCCAGCGCCUUCCGCAUCCUCGCCCUCCUCCUCUUUGUCCCCGUCGCCGCCCUCGCCGUCGUCGACAUUGUCGGCUACGUCGCGUUCGCCUUCGUCCUCCGCCCUCUCGGCUAUGCCUCGACCCGCCACUUCAAGGACCCCGAGAAGGACGGCCGCCUCAUCGCUAUCCCGCUCCACGGCUCGAUCCACUCGCCGUCGUCGACCGGCGAAGGCGUCCUGCCCUCGUCCGGCGAGUCCGUCUCGUCGGGCGCGUCCGACAUCUUCCCGUCGCCCGCCUACUCGGACGUGACGCCGCUCCCGUCCGUCGACGAGGGCUCCGUGCUGUCAAGUGCACGGCCGGGCAAGCCGCCUGCGCUCGCCGGCAUUGCGUCGCCGAGUAGCUCGUCCUCCUCGUCACCGUCCGACUCGUCGUCCAGCUCGGUCGCCUCGUCGACAAGGCGUCACGACCACACGUCGUCCUCCUCCCACCACACGACGCACAGUACGCACCGCCACGGCCGCGUGUCGUCCUCAUCGUCGGCGUCGGGCGAUGAGUCGUCGACGGUGCGCCGCAUGUCGCGCGACCGCGCUCCCUCGGUCGGGCUCGACGGCCCGCUGUUCGGCGAGGGCGACGAGACGGACACGGCGACGACGCCUGGCGGCGAGAGCGACGCAGAGGGCGACCUCGCCGGCAUGAGCGGCGACUACGUGUCGCACAAGGCGCGCAGGGGGGAUGGCGUCCCUCGCGGCGGGUUCAAGCUCGGCCUGACAGAGGUACAGCGUCGGCCGAGCGCGUCCUGAGUGCGGGCCUGUCCCUCCUCUCCCUGUGUGUAGCAUCAUCCCGUCAGUUCCUCUCGCCUGUUCCUC